CGUAUUGCACCGUCGUCGUUGCACACAACGUCGACCAUCAUGUUGAGCCGCCAGCUCCCCAGACUCUCCCGACCACUCGUUCGGCUUGCCUCUUCUUCUACACCUAAACCUACGUCCCCUGCUGUUCCAUCGACGGAGACGGCCAAGUCACCUGCUGUUAUCCAGCAAGCACCGAAUUAUCCUUCGACAUGGUCUACUAGCCAAAGACCUCGUCCCGGUCCUGCUUCUGGUCCCCGCUUUGAGCAAACAUUCUUCGAUUUGCAGCCUCAGCCUUUGAGUGCGAUGGAGAUGAUUGCCAAUGAGCCGAUACGUGUUGUGAAUGGCAGGAAAGCAGUAUGCGAUGGUGGAGGAGGACCUCUUGGUCACCCAAAGAUUUUUAUCAACUUGGACAAGCCAGGUCCUCGACCAUGCGGUUACUGUGGUAUUCGCUUUGAACAAUCGCCUCAUCACGGCCACGAUCACUAGACCGCAUCGAGCAUACAUCGAUUCUGUACCACACUAUGAUAAUGAAAAUCCUUCUCAUUGGGUCACUUGAGGCUCGUGCCAAAGUUUGUGUGCAAGUUGAGCUUGUGCUCCUUCGUGUGCGGUAACCCUUAUUUGGUGACAUGCUUGCAACGAACGUUCGACAAUAUCAAUUUGGCUUCCCGUCACAGACCAGAACCAAACCAGAACGCCCAUAAUCCCGUUGACAUGACAUGACAUCGACCUCUCACCAUCCCUUCAGCGUAUCACAAAUCCAGCAGAAGUGUUCAGAAUUGACGGCCGUGGCACAUCAACAUGUAUGACUAGAAUGACGUUUGUGUACGCCGCACCUCCCCCACCAUGUCACCGACGAGAAAAUAUCCUCGGCAAACGAUCCUCGUUGUUGCGUUUUACGUUUCUGGACGUCGAUACAUAAAUACUUUCUCGUACUAGCAUGAGGCCUGAUCCGUAUAGAACGUAGCGGAACAUCGAACAUUGGAAAAGAUCGAUCCGAAGUCCGAUUUCAUUAUGAUAAUUUAGUGCUUGUGGACGGAGGUGAAAUGAAAACGCCACGCAGCU